AAAGAUAUAAUUUCUCAUUUCUAAUGUACCCAAACUUUGCAGGUUGGAAGCAUUGAUUUUUCUUUGCUGUAGGCCUAUCUCUAAACAUUUUAAGCAACUCAUUCGAUUGGGGUGCAGGAAUCUGUUUUUAUACGAAGAUAUACAAUGGGAGCGGUACCGUCUACCAAUCGAAAUUUUCUUCUAAUGGGCAAGACUGGUGUUGGUAAAAGUUCCACAGGAAACACCUUACUUGAAGGUGCAGAGUUCAAAGAAAGUGAUAAUUUCUUUGCUUGUACAAAAAAAGUAAAGAGAGUCGGCAUAAAAUAUAAGAAUUUGCAUUUUGAUGUUGUUGAUACUCCAGGACUUACGGAUACAUGCAUUAAUGUCGUAGACGACAUUAAAUUCACUCGCGACAAUAUGAAAGAGGCGAUGGUGUGGUGCAAAGAUGGUUUCCAUGCUUUGUUACUUGUUGUGAGUUUCUUAGUUGGCUUUAGUGAAGAAGAUAGAAAGACAGUAAAUGUCUUAAAAGAUAUAUUUGGAAGUCAAUUUUUGAAAAAUAAUUGCAUCGUCAUAAUGACACAUGGCGAUAUUUUUCACACAAACGUAGGGGCUAAUAUUGAUUUUAUGAACUGGUGUAAAACACAGUCUGGUGAUUUUGCUGAUUUGUUUAGAGAAUGUAAUUACCGUGUUGUUUUAUGCAACAACAAGGGUACAAUUAAGCAGAAGCAAGAAACGAUAGAAAAACUUCUGACCCUGCAACGUCAAUUAUAUAUCUAUACUUCGUACGAAUUUGGAAAAUUUCAACAACAAAGAGAUAAGAUUGUAUUGAACUAUUUUCUAAAAGAACUUAAAGAGAAGUUACGGCGCAGGAUCUUAACCAUAGGGGAGGACUUGAAUCUGAUGAAAGACGCUGUCAACGUUUUGAAAGAUGAUGCCGGGCAAGUCAUUUCUGCAUUUGAUGGCUUAGUUCACAACCAUAACUCCCCUGUGUUGCUUCAAGAAAUCAAUCUAAAUUUAACUGCCUUACCUAAGCCUGUAAGUUCUGCUAGCUUGGAAAUAAACCCAACAGCUAAUGUCUUACAACUAACUGAAAAGGUUACCGCGACAUUUAAGAAAUAUUUGGAAAAAGAGCCCAAAUGUUCGAAACAAUCGGAGCCUUACAAGGAGAUGAAUCAAAUCCUUAACAGCAGUUUAAUGAAAAGUCUGAGAUUAUUCGGCAACCGCAUGGAGAAGUUGGAAUCCCCAUCUGUUGUCAUUGAAGACAUGAGCAAUCAGAUUGAAAACUUGAUCUUUGUAAUAGUAAAAGAAGCACACGGCACCAGAUUAUUAGACGAUGUCAAGAGCGAGGCGGAAGAUCUCCAGAAAGAGAUAGAGGAGUUUAAAGUCAAUCGAACCCUACAUUUCCCUGACUAGAGAGAUGUUGAGAUGGUCAUACAGAGGUGCCCUAUACUAGCGUCUGUGUAGACGAAAGAUUCCAAGCGUGCUGCAACAGAUCGUCAGAAGAAUAAUAUUGGUUAAGGCAUUAGUGAAGAUCUAAACUGCAUGCUUGCCAUUUGUUUUUAGAAAAAUAAUUAAUAAAUCAAAGCGCAAAGAAAGAAUGGAAAAUUAAAAUACAUAUGAAAGAGAGAACUUGCGAACUCCAAUCUACACACCUUUCCCCUCAGAAAGGGUGUCUAUUUCAAUAGCCGAAAAAAAAUUAAAUGACUAUAAAUCUAAAAUUACAAUUUAUACGCAAUAAACAUUUUUCAUUGUUAUAUCUUCAACAUUAAUUUGUUUGGUUUUGUAUUAAAACUUCGCUUGAUAAGGCACCAUUUAAUAUAAAGCUAGUGUUAAAAAAAACAUUUUUUUUCUUGUGAAUUUGAAUAUGGUUUUAUCGACCGGAAAGGUUUUUUUGAAUAUGCAUUUAUACUAUGCGACUUAGUCAAAUUAUUAGAGGCAUUGUCUUAAUCAUAUAAUUUUUACAUUCUUUUUAAAAUGUUUUUAUAUGAAAACCCAAUUUGCUAUUCUUUUAAAAUUGUGUUCU